AUGAGUUUUGGAGAUGGCAAUCCCACGUUCGAAGAACUUAUGGAAGUUGUGCAACGGCAGCAAGAAGUUAUUGAACUUUUUGAGCAACAAAUUGAAGCCUGUCGUAUAGAAUGUGUGAAACUGGCAGAUGAAAGUGAGAGAAAGAGUGAGCUGUUUAUUGAAAUGGAAAAGACUGAAGAAAUUAUGAAAAAUGAAAUUGAAUUUUUGAAAACCGGGAAUGAUUCAAAGCGAAAUGAACGGGAGGAGAAAAUAACUGAUUCGGAGCUGGAAACUGUUGGGGAACUUAGGAUCAAAUGCAAAGAGAUAACCUUCAACCUAGAAAAACUCAAAACUCAAAACGCCGCACAAGAAGUUGAACUGGAACUUCAAAGGAAAAAUAAUGAACUUCUUCGAUUGGAACUUGAUUCCGAACGACAACAAAAUUACGAUGGAAAGCGCAAAGCUACAGUAACCACUGAAUCCAUUCAGAAGGAUAUGCUAGAAAAAUGUGCAAAACUUCAAGAAAGUCAGACUAAAUAUCAAAUUGAUUUAGCUAGAAUGAAAUCAGAAUUAGAGCUCAAAGAGCACAGGGAGAAACAAUUGGAACGACAUUAUGAAGACAUAAUGGAUGAGAUGAAGGAAAUUCGAAAAGAAAAAUCAUCGGCAAUGGUGAAAUGCUCUGCUAUGACUUCUGAAAUUGCAGAGCUCAAAACUAAAAUUCAGCAGUUGAGAGGGAAGUUACCGAGAAAUGAGCAUGAUAUAGAGGAUAUGAACAAAUUGCUUGGAGAUCAGAGUCAUUUGAUUGCUGCGUUGAGGGAAGAGACAAAAUUGUUGGCGAGAAAGUUGGAAGGAGACUCCAGGGAUUACAGACAAACCAUAAAAGUUCUUAAGCACGACAAAAGGGAACUCGAACAAAGGAUCGAAUCAUUUCUACGUGUUGACUAAUACGAAUUAAAUUUACGUGUUACUUGGAUUCUUCAAUUCGAAAUUCCAAUUUAAUAAAUGGUUUUACUUU